GAAGAGUAUAUUAUAAAACCUUGAGACGAAGGCAGGAAGAAAUAUUCUAAACAAGACAACAUCAAUCAAAAACUCAAAACCCAAAAUCCAAAGGUUUCUUUCUAAAGUAAAUUGGAUACAACUUUACUCCUCGAGAACCAAAGAUUCUCUCUCUCCCCCCCUCUCUCUCUCUUUCUCUCUCUAACUGAAUCCCAAAAGUCUAUGACAAUGAUUAUACUAGACAGGAGGAGAAUUGAGAAUGCUUUUGAGGGUAACAUGGAAGGAAGAAAACGAAGAAAAACAAAUAAAACACAGUUCUCCACUCAGACAACAAACAAAUACAACUUUAGGGCAAUAUCUAAGCCUGCAGAGAGAGUGAGUGAGUGGGGUGGGAGACUGAGAGAGAGCGAGAGAGAGUUUACCAUUUUUGCUCCAAAAUGUUGACCACAACCUGCAUUGUGCUGCUAGCUUUGCUGCUACCCUCCUGCUGGCCGCUAGGUGCCGCCGCCGCCGCUCUCAACCUCACUCUCCCCGGCCAGCAUCCGAGCCCUGAACUGGUUGCUCAAGAAGUUCACAGGAAAGUGAAUGCUUCCGUAACGAGAAGGCAAUUGCUCCAAAGCUUAGAGAAAGACGAAUCUUCUUCUUGCUACACCGGGAACCCCAUCGACGACUGCUGGAAAUGCGAUCCAAACUGGCCAAACAACCGCCAGCGCCUCGCCGAUUGCGCCAUAGGCUUCGGCCAGUACGCACUCGGCGGCAAGAACGGCGAGUUCUACAUCGUCACAGACGAUUCCGACGACGAUGCAGUCAAUCCAAAGCCCGGAACGUUACGAUACGCCGUGAUACAGCCUCAACCUCUCUGGAUCGUCUUCCCGGCCAACAUGCUCAUUAAACUCAAACAGGAACUCAUCUUCAACAGCUACAAAACCCUAGACGGCCGCGGCGCCAAUGUCCACAUCGUCGGCGGUGGCUGCAUUACAUUGCAGUACAUAAGCAACGUCAUCAUCCACAACAUCCACAUCCACCAUUGUUAUCCAUCGGGUAACACCAUGGUCCGAUCAAGCCCGACGCAUUACGGAUACCGCACGAAAUCGGACGGCGACGGGAUAUCCAUCUUCGGAUCGAAGGACAUAUGGAUUGACCAUUGCUCACUCUCGCAUUGCAAAGAUGGGCUGAUUGACGCGGUGAUGGGCUCCACCGGAAUCACAAUUUCAAACAAUUAUUUCUCACAUCACGAUGAGGUUAUGCUUUUGGGUCACAGCGAUAGCUACUUGCCGGAUUCCGGAAUGCAGGUAACAAUAGCGUUCAACCACUUCGGCGAGAAGCUAGUUCAAAGGAUGCCGCGAUGCCGGCGAGGGUACAUUCACGUUGUCAACAACGACUUCACCCAAUGGGAAAUGUACGCAAUCGGCGGCAGUGGGAGCCCCACCAUCAACAGCCAAGGCAACCGCUACACCGCCCCAUACGACCGCAACGCCAAGGAGGUGACCAAGCGGGUUGAAACAUCGGAGUCCGAGUGGCGGGGUUGGAACUGGCGCUCCGACGGCGACAUCCUCGUUAACGGCGCCUUCUUCGUUACCUCUGGCCAAGGCCUCGAAGUCAAGUACGAGAAGGCCUACAGCGUCGAGCCCAAAUCAGUCGCCCUGAUCGACCAGCUCACUUGGCACGCUGGCCCGCUUGGCGUCGGCGGCAGGGAUAACAAUUUGGGGAUGUGGACCACUGGCCCCAAUGGAGGGGGAGGCUUUGUCAUUGGGUCUGGUCCGGAUUACACUGACGACAUGUCCGAAAGCUUGUCUCGGAUUGGGUCUCCUUAUUUUGUUAUGGUAUUGUCUGUUUUGUUGUGUUCUUUUUGCGCAUUGGCACUCGCAUUUGUGCAAUGACGACAUUGAAGCAUUUGGGGAUGAAAGCUUAUGACAGAACAGACAGCGAGAGUGGUUUUUACAUUCUUUUAAAAGGCACAAAGGCCUAAAAUGUAAAUCCAUUCGUCACCCAUUUCAUGCCAAAACUGACUUGAGUUUAUCUAAUUUGUUUUUGUUAAAUCAGCUAGAGUGGUAUUAGCUUGAAAAA